AUAGCACAGACAGGUAGGCUUUCCUCUCGAGUGGAUGACCUGUACCUGGAUGAGAUAGGAUCAGGAGGUUACUACCCUGAAGAUGAUGAUGACUUCAACUCAGGCUCUGGCUCAGGUGGGGGUGAGGAGAUGGAGGAAACGGUGACUGUCGGUAAGAUUUAUAUUGAGCCUAAAGCAGCUCAGCCCACCCAGGACUCUACCAAAGACUUCACUGAGAAGAUGGACACAGCCACAGUGGGAGGAAAGACCAGAGACAACGCACCCAUAAAGCCCUUCAGAACGGAGGCUCCAGCUUUAGUUACAGAAGACCUACAGAAAAAUCCGAUGACCAGUACAACCAGUGCUCCUGGGUCUGAUCAGCAGCCACUUGAGGUCCGGACUGAAACCUUGUUCCAGAGGACUGAGGUGUUGGCAGCUGUUAUUGCAGGUGGUGUGAUUGGCUUCCUGUUUGCAAUUUUCCUCAUUCUCCUGUUGGUCUACCGCAUGAGGAAGAAAGAUGAAGGCAGCUAUGACCUUGGAGAGAGGAAACCUUCUGGAGCAGCCUAUCAGAAAGCUCCAACCAAGGAGUUUUAUGCAUAGUCUCACUGAACCCUAACCUAACCCUGACUGAUGGUCAGCAACUGAUGGACUCAUGGUCUUUGACCCAUACAACAUGCAAAAUUCUCUUUCUUUCUUUCUUUCUUUCUUUCUUUCUUUCUUUCUUUCUUUCUUUCUUUCUUUCUUUCUUUCUUUCUUU